AAAAAGCGGCCGAAAAAAUUGGAAUUAAAGUUUUCACAAUUUCCAUUGCUAAAGUUGGUGAUGAGGUAUGUUUCUGGUAGUGGAAACAGUAAACGAUAAUGGCGAGAAGGAGUGGAAGGUAGCACCCAAACGAUGGGUGUGCACUACGAAGAACACCCGCCGGACAGUUCUGUUAUGGCCACAUGAAAUCAGUUCUGAGCGACAAAAGCAGUUAGCUAGAUCUGCUUCUUCUAAACCAACGAAAAAUUGGAGCCGGAAGGAAUGUAUCGUACAACAGGAGUGUUCUACGUACGAUGCUGCAAAUGCUGCACUGAAAGUACUGGUUCGACCACGUCCGAAACCGUGUGUGGCAAUUCCAAUGCUCAGUGCUGUUUCGAUGGUACAGAGUGGACAAACAGUAAAGCAAGAAAAUGAAGAUCCACUGAAUAUAGAUUAUCCCGAUGAGACGCCGGCUGAAACAACUAGCAACACGCUGCUCCAUCCGGAUGAGAAGCUAUCAAUGAUGGCAUCGAUCAAAUUGAUCGUGCAAUCUUUAAUAUCGAAACAUGACAUGAUCGAAAAGCAAAACGCUCGUAUUGAGAAGCAAAAUGCUCACAUUGUGGCGCAAAAUACUAACAUUAUAGAGCGGAACAAACACAUCGAGAAAACUAACGCUGUUCUAUUGACAAAGAUAGAUUUGAUGCAGAAAACAUUGAAUAAUUUUGAUUCACAGCAAUGUUCCAAUGUAAUGGACUUGAAAGGAACAUCGUUUAAAUUUGAGCCUAUGGAAACGAUUGAUCAAGUAAAGAGACUUGAAGAAAAGUUGAACGAUUCAGCGUAUCGCAGGGAGCUGCUUUCGUGGUUGACGUUAAAUGUCCGGGGUAAUAAUGCACACAAAAGGAUGUCGAGCUGCCUAAAUUUGUUGAUUUCACCGGACCUUCUGGUCUACUGCACAUGGACUGGUAUCGUGCGGGAUGGAAGGAAACAGCUUGCUAUAAAAGACAUGAAACAUAUAUUGGAUUUAUUCCAAGAAAUAGGUACAACUCCAUGGGAAAAGGUGAAUGUUACAAUGGUAGCCACGUUUUUCAAGGGUAAAACUAAAAAUGCGCUGCAGCGUUUUCAUUCGCAUUGCAAAAGUGAAAGCCACAAAACAACAAUGAACGGCAGAGAUGUUCCCCAAGAACCAUUUGAUCAUGCAGAUUCAUCUAUAUCGACAGAACAUAUGUACACGGAAUCGAUCGAUGACUAAGCCAAGACCAAUGGGUAUUACUAUUUUCGGAUAUAACAUUCGGAAAAUGUAAAUGCAUAUUUGAAGGUCAGAUUUUGGGGCUGCCGAUAGUGAUAACAAUUAAUCAGAGGAAGGAUUUUUGAGAACAUAUGUAGCGUAUUUUUUGUGGGUGUGGAGACCUAUUUUUUUAAAAAUACAUGAAAUUAAGUUGAACUUAAAUGUGUACAGUAUGUUCUGCUAAUUCAGUUCGUCGUAGUGAUCGCGUGAUUAUUAUUUCAGUUAAUUAAAGAUCAAAGAAAUAUAUAGUAGUUUGAAAUCGUUCCAGGAUCUAGCACGAGGGCAUGCAAGAGCAAACGACACUUUUGGUCGUUAUUUUGGCGAUCGAUGAAUCGACGAAAUUGACGUUUGUUAGGUAUUCGAUGAAAGGGGUCCUGACAAUCGAUGAACUGGUUGUGUUGUUUUCAUUCGCGAGCGUUUGGGGAAUUUUUUUGGAAAAAGCAGCCGAAAAGAAUUGGAAUUAAAGUUUUCACAAUUUUCUUUGCUAAAGUUGGUGAUGAGGUAUGUUUCUGGUAGUGGAAACAGUAAACGAUAACGGUGAAAAGGAGUGGAAGGUAGCACCCAAACGAUGGGUGUGCACUACGAAGAACACCCAACGAACAGUUCUGUUAUGGCCACAUGAAAUCAGUUCUGAGCGGCAGAAGCAGCUGGCUAGAGAUGGUUUUUCCAAACCAACGAAAAGUUGGAGCAGGAAGGAGUGUAUCGUACAACAGGAGUGUUCUACUUAUGAUGAGGCUGAUACUGUACUGAUAGAAGUAUUGGCACAACGUUCAAUGUCGAGUCCUUCAGCGUCGUUGCUCAGCGAGUCGUCGGUACUGCAGAGAGACCGGAUACAAGACCAUUCUGAAGAUCAUCUUUUUACGUACGAUCCUGAAAGUAACGAACAAGUUUCAACCAUUCAAAUUGAGUCAUCUGCAGCUCCACUACCAUGUCCUGUACGAUCAGUUCAGGACAGUGAUCAAUCAAUGCUGAUAGCUAUCAAAUCGUUGGUUGAAUCAUUGGUGGGCAAAAAUGAUACGAUAGCGAAACGAAACCAUCAAAUAGAGCAACAGAAUGCUCAAAUUUUUCAGCAAAAUUGUAUGAUUGAGCUAGAAAACGCGGCCCUAGUAAAAAAGAUAGACGCCAUGGAUAGCAUAUUCUGCAGCAUUAAUUCUCAACAGUUUAGUGCUGCUAAAGAUUAUGUAGCAACACCUUCGUUUACCUUUGAGCCUGUGAAAACUAUUAAGCAAUUAAUCGAACUGGAAAGAAAGUUAAAUGAUGAGUCAUACCGUUUGGAAUUGGUUGCAUGGUUGAUAUUUAAUGUUGUUGGCAAAAAUUCACAGAAGAGGAUGUCGAGCUGUUUGGAUGUGCUAUUUUCCCGAGAACUGCUCAUAAACUGCACUUGGACUGGAAUGAAUCGGGAUAAAACAAAAAAAGCAGCUUUACGAGAGCAACGAAAUAUAUUGAGUUUGUUUAAGGCAAUCGGAACAACGCCACAACAAAAAGUAGAUGAUAGAAGAGUUACAAAAUUUUUUAUUCAAAAACUAAAAGGGGCCAAAGAAAGGUUUCUGGUGUACAAAAAGAUUGAAAAGAACCACCAAAAACAUAAGGACGGAAUAACAAUAAUUGCUGCGGAUUCAUCGAAUAUUGUGGAACAAAACGAUACGGAGUCGGUAGAUGAUAGUGAAUCUGAAGUGACAUUUGAAGUGGAAAUUUUGCAAUAAACUAUGAAACAUUAUUUUCUUGUAAGAUUGGUGCUGAUUUAUUGAACAAAUUAGCAUGAAUUUCAAUGAUUAGGUAUAGUUGACCCAAUGGGUUAUAACAUACUAUGUGUGACUAACAUUUGCUUCAACAGAAGGGACUUGGGAAUCCAUUUACAUACAUGCCCUGAGAAUGUAAUAGAUCAUUAGAUAUUGCCUCUAGCUCAUUGUACAACAAACAUAACUUACCAUAGAAACCAUAACAACUUGAGACCUGGAGAAUAGUAAUUUCCACCGCAAAAUGCGUAGAUAAGUUUUCAAUUGUCUAGCGUCCUUAAUUCUAGUUUGAUUUAAUAUUAAUGAAAAUUAAAUACUACUUGCUGGAUACCUUUGAAAACGAUUAUAGAAACUACUUACAAUGAUGAAGUGCGCUGUGGCGAGGUCUGUUCGUUGCCGGGUUUGUCGUUAAAACUACGUGAUAAUCGACGAAUUUAAUAAAUCGAUCAUUUUGACAUUCGAUGAACGGAUAGCUUUGUUUACUUUCACGAGCGUCUUGUUGGUGGUUUUGAAAUAAUAGCGAAAGCGAGUGUGUAAUAGAUUUUUAGAAGCUCCUCUGAUGAAUUGGACGGUUUAAUAUGUUUCUAGUAGUGCAUACAGUAAACGAUAAAGGCGAAAAGGAGUGGAAGGUAGCACCCAAACGAUGGGUUUGCACUACGAAGAACACCCGCCGAACAGUUCUGUUAUGGCCACAUGAAAUCAGUUCUGAGCGACAAAAGCAGUUAGCUAGAUCUGGUUCUUCUAAACCAACGAAAAAUUGGAGCCGGAAGGAAUGUAUCGUACAACAGGAGUGUUCUACGUACGAUGCUGCAAAUGCUGCACUGAAAGAACUGCUUCGACCACGUCCGAAACCGUGUGUGGCAAUUCCAAUGCUCAGUGCUGUUUCGAUGGUACAGAGUGGACAAACAGUAAAGCAAGAAAAUGAAGAUCCACUGAAUAUAGAUUAUCCCGAUGAGACGCCAGCUGAAACAACUAGCAACACGCUAUCAAUGAUGGCAUCGAUCAAAUUGAUUGUGCAAUCUUUAAUAUCGAAACAUGACAUGAUCGAAAAGCAAAACGCUCGUAUUGAGAAGCAAAAUGCUCACAUUGUGGCGCAAAAUACUAACAUUAUAGAGCGGAACAAACACAUCGAGAAAACUAACGCUGUUCUAUUGACAAAGAUAGAUUUGAUGCAGAAAACAAUGAAUAAUUUUGAUUCACAGCAAUGUUCCAAUGUAAUGGACUUGAAAGGAACAUCGUUUAAAUUUGAGCCUAUGGAAACGAUUGAUCAACUAAAGAGACUUGAAGAAAAGUUGAACGAUUCAGCGUAUCGCAGGGAGCUGCUUUCGUGGUUGACGUUAAAUGUCCGGGGUAAUAAUGCACACAAAAGGAUGUCGAGCUGCCUUGAUUUGCUACUUUCCCGAGAACUAGCUGUAAAGUGCACAUGGACAGGCAUGUUUAGGGCUGGAGUAGAAAAAGUAGCUAUGCGAGAUCAACGAAACAUAGUAAAUCUGUUCAAAGCAAUAGGUACAUCACCACAUGAAAGAAUUGAUGAAAGGUACAUCCAUAUGUUUUUCUCAAAAAAAUUAAAAAUGGCCAAGGGCCGAUUAUUACGACAUCAGGAAAGCUCGGUAACCGUCGCAGGAUCUAAUCUGAUAGAUAAUAAUGAACAACGAGCAGGAAGCAAUGCUAUAAAGAAAAAUUAUGCUGAUUCAUCGAACGCUAAGGAAUCUUUGGAUGAUGAGUUACAAAUGCCAUUCGAAGUAGAAGUUGUGCAUUGAUUCUUCCACAGAUGUUCGAUAUGAUUUUUGAUAAUAUGUCUGCUGCUCUAGUGUCAUGCACGAUAAUACAUGAGACAAUUAAGGACUAACUUUUCCGCCUACUAUAUAUAUUUUUUUUCACCUCUUCAUUACGUUCUGCAUUCCUUUCUUAGCUAUGGUCUCCGAAACGUACAACAAUCACGGACAAUAAUUACAACUGUUUGCUUUAUAGAACAAGAACCGCAGUACUAAUAAGUGAAAAA